AUGGCCAACAUCCCGGAACAGUGCACAGUGCUGGUAAUUGGUGGCGGACCAGCAGGCUCAUAUGCUGCUUCGGCUCUUGCUCGAGAGGGCAUCGAAGUGGUUCUCCUUGAGGCAGAAAAAUUUCCGAGAUAUCACAUUGGCGAGAGCAUGCUUCCCUCUAUGCGCCACUUCCUCAAAUUCAUCGAUGCCUACGAAAAGUGGGAUGCUCAUGGGUUCAAUAUCAAGAAAGGCGGUGCUUUCCGUCUCAAUUGGUCUCGACCAGAAACUUAUACGGACUUCAUCGCAGCUGGGGGACCCGGAGGCUACGCCUGGAACGUUGUCCGAUCUGAGGCAGACGAGCUGCUGUUCAAGCAUGCAGCGGAGUGCGGUGUCCAGACAUUUGACGAGACUAAGGUAGCAUCUAUUGAGUUUGCUCCAGCUACCUCUGAUGUUCAAAGCUUGGGUCGACCCGUAUCUGCCACAUGGACUCGCAAAGAUGGAAGCUCUGGCACAGUUUCUUUUGAUUAUGUCGUAGAUGCGUCAGGCCGAGCAGGGUUGAUCAGCACCAAGUAUCUGAAGAACCGAUCUUAUAACCAGGGUCUCAAAAACGUCGCUAGUUGGGGUUAUUGGAAGAACGGUGGUGUCCACGGAGUUGGAACACACAAAGAAGGUGCACCGUAUUUCGAAGCACUCAAAGACGGUAGUGGAUGGGUUUGGUUUAUCCCCCUCCACAAUGGCCAUCACUCGGUUGGAGUUGUUCAAAACCAGGAAAUGGCAGCCAAGAAGAAGCGAGAAAUGACUGAACCAUCUUCCAAAGGCUUCUACAUCGAGUCUCUAGACCUUGUCCCCGGCAUCAAGGAACUUCUCGCCAACGCCGAACUCGUUUCUGAAAUCAAGUCAGCGUCUGAUUGGUCAUACAGCGCCUCAAAAUACGCCUUUCCAGGUGUCCGUAUUGCCGGAGAUGCUGGGUCUUUCAUUGACCCAUUCUUCUCCUCAGGUGUUCACUUGGCUCUUUCAGGCGGCCUAUCGGCAGCUACAACAAUCGCUGCGGCUAUUCGAGGUGACUGCGGCGAGAAGGCUGCAUCAUCUUGGCAUGAUAAGAAGACAGCCGAGAGCUACACUCGCUUCCUCUUAGUGGUCUCGAGCGCAUUGAAGCAGAUCAGGUCUCAAGAUGAGCCUGUUAUCAAUGACUUUGAUGAGGCGACAUUUGAAAGAGCAUUUGACCUUUUCAGACCCAUUAUCCAAGGCCAAGCUGAUGCUGAUGCCAAAGGAAAACUGACACAGGCCGAAAUUUCCAAGACGGUGGAGUUCUGCUUCAAAGCAUUCGCCCAUGUCUCAUUCGAGGAAAAGGAAGCCUUGGUGAAGAAGCUCAAAGAACUUGGCCUCGAUGGCGAUGCUUACGAUGAGAGCAACCGCAAGGCUCUCGAUGAGCUUGAGAAGAAGCUGACACCCGAAGAGCAAUCAAUCCUGAAGACGCUGAAGGGACGGCGUAUGGUCCGCCCCGAAGAUUCACUUAACAUUGACAACUUCACUCUCGAUUCUAUUGAUGGUCUUGCUCCACGUCUGGAGCGUGGGAAGUUGGGGUUGGCUACUGCUAAGAAGGCAGAGGUCAAAUUCACACGCCAUGACCCCCUUUCAUUCCUGAACGGUGAAUCGAAGGCUGUGAAGAAGGCUUUACAAAAUGGUCAUGCUGAGUUGAACGAGAGAAGCGAAGUUCACAGCACCAAUGUCACUAACGGAGAUAAGCCUCUGAAUGGACAUACCAAGGUCGAAGACCAAUCCGUUGCAAGCCUCGUGGCAGAACUUGUUGCUUCUGAGAGGAGCCUCCCCCAGGCAUCACUUGAUGAAUCUAGCAGGCACCGCUUGAUUUCGUCGUUGCAGGAGUCUGCAGAAGAACUUGAAACUCCAUAUGACUCUAUGCUGCGCUUCCUCAAUGCUAGUCGGCAAAUUGCCCUCAUCAAGAUCGGCGGUGACCUUGGAAUCUUCAAGUGUCUGGCGGAGAGCAAGACACCUUUGUCUUCUAAGGAGCUGGCCAAGCCCAACAUGGCUGACCCGACUCUCGUUGGUCGUAUCAUGCGCUACCUGGUUGCUAACCGUCUUGCCGCAGAGACGGCCCCAGAUCAAUAUGUGGCCAGAAAGAUGACGUACGCCCUGGCAGAUCCUCAAAUUGAGGGUCCCAUGCGCUUCUUCCACGCCGUCAGCAGCCCUUCCUUCCAGGCUCUGCCCGACUUCCUAAAGGAGACUGGAUACCAGAACCAACCACAGACUUCUGCUCUUCAAAAGGGCCUCAACACAGAUUUGGGUCUGUUUGCCUGGUUGAAGCAGCAUCCGGAUCUGUUGAAGGACUUCCAGAAUCUCAUGGGAAUUCCCAAAGAAGGUAACUGUCUCGAUGUGAUUUCGUUCGAAUCUGCCGUGAUCGGCGGCCACGAAGGUCCAGUAUUCGUAGACAUUGGCGGUAACACCGGCCAUCAAGCAAAGCAACUGCUAGCCAAGUAUCCCGAGUUGGCCAAUCGAGUGGUGGUUCAAGAUCGUGAGGAGACUAUCAAAAGCGCUUCGGAUGUCAAGGGAUUCCAGCUGAUGGCACAUGAUUUCUUCAGCCCACAGCCCGUUCAAGGAGCCAAAUACUACUACCUGCGAGCCAUUCUUCACAACUGGGAUGACGAUAAAGCUUCCCAAAUCCUGUCCAACAUUGUACCAUCCAUGUCGACUGAUUCACUAAUGUUGAUCGAUGAGCUCGUCAUAGCAGAUCAGGGAUCUCACGUCUGGCCUGCAGGCCUCGAUCUCCAGAUGUAUACACUAUUUGGGUCUUCCGAGCGGACGGCAUCACAAUGGGAUUCUAUUCUCGACCGUGCCGGACUUCGCCCUGUGGCAGUCAAGAAGUAUGCACCGGUUAUGGGAAGCUCGGUCAUUUUCGCUGCACCAAAAUUUCGCUGCUACACUACACUUUAA